AUGCUUGCUUCCAGCGUUGCAGCUGGUGUCCUUAACUUUUUGAGGCGAGGGCCUGAUGUUUUAAAGCGGGCUACUUUCUUUUUGAGGGGCAGCAACUAUUUCGACAUAGGCCGGCAGAACUCAAUGGACGAUAAGACCGACCAGAUACAUUGGGCAAAGGGCGUGAGGGUAUGUGUUGGCGAUAUCAGGCCUGCAGCAGAGACUGGUUAUGUGGCGAUUGGAAAUGUUGGCGAGGCCAUACCCCUGAGCUGGCAGGAUAGGGCGAGGCGAUAUGAGCAUGUUUUAGUUGGACGGCGUAUGUAG